AUGACUGGACUAAUGAUGUCAUACAAUCUGUCCAAUCUUAAGAGUUCGCUCCUAUGUAUCUCUUCCACUGCGACCCAGGAGAAAAAAAAUGAAGCUCUGCACUAUUUAGAGCAGUUUCAAAAGUCUCCGCAAGCAUGGCCCAUAUGUUAUGAGGUUUUAAUGACAAUAGAUCCCACUGAAUUGGAACUUCAAAUAUUUUCUGCACAAACCUUGAGGAACAAAGUCACUUAUGAUUUAUCACAGCUAGAUGGAGGUUUGGCACAGUUGAAGGACUCUCUUCUAAAAUUCCUACUCAUUCAUAAUCAAAACGUCGUGCUUACUCAACUAAAUGUUGCCCUAGCACGGCUAGCCAUUCAAUAUCUAGAAUGGAAAAAUCCCAUAAUGGAAAUAAUUAGCACACUAAAUCCAUAUCCUUCAAAGUUGCUUAGAUUUUUGAGAAUUUUACCAGAAGAAACAUUAGAUAUUGGAUCGACGCCACUGACCGAGGAUGAAUUUAAUUCAAGAACUCAUGAGCUUAUCAAUACCAUUGCUGAAGAUGUCUUGAAAUUCCUAAUAUCUUGCAUUGAUAUUUUGCAAUCUCAGGAACAUACAAACACUGAUAUUACCUUGGAAAAUAUAAUGCGCUGUUUAGGUUCAUGGUCAUUCGAGUUUCCAGUUGAUCAGUUACUUACUGUGAAACCGCUGAUAGCUCUGAUAUUUGAAUCAUUACUCCGCGGUGUUGACAGUGAGCCUGGAGUUUUCGAUGCAGCUAUUGAUUGUCUUUCCGUCAUUCUUAGAGAAAGUCGAGACGCCCCCAACGAACAAUUGGUUCUGUCACUUCUUCAAGAUCUAAUAUCUUUACAAACUAAGCUCCUGCCCUCAUUGCUCAGUUUUCAGAGUGAAGAUGAGGAUGAACAAGAUGAAGAACUCAUGGAAGGACUUACAAGAUUAUUUGUGGAGGCAGGCGAGGCAUGGUGUGUCUUCAUAUCUAAAUCUCCUGAGGUUUAUCAGCCAAUCGUUUCCAUAUUAUUGAUGCUCACCUGUAAGAACACGGAUUUGGAUCUUGUGGCAUAUUCAUUUCCCUUUUGGUUCAACUUGAAGCAAAAUUUGGUCUUACCCAGGUAUAAGAAUUCAAGAGAGCUAUAUAUACCAACUUUCAUUAACUUAAUCAAUGGGAUCAUCAAACAUUUGCAGUAUCCAUCAGAUGGUUUCUCUACGAAGGAAGCUGAAGACAAGUUUAAGGAUUUCAGGUACCAUAUGGGUGAUGUUCUGAAAGAUUGUGCUGCUGUCGUAGGAACUUCAAAUGCGCUCAGCCAGCCUUUGACCAAAAUUAAGGAAGGUUUAAAUAUUAAUGGAUCCUGGCAACAACUUGAAGCUCCAUUAUUUUCAUUGAGAACCAUGGCGCAAGAAAUAUCACAUAUCGAGAAUGCACAAUUACCACAGAUCCUAAACAUCGUAUGCAACCUACCCGAACAUCCAAAGCUAAGAUAUGCAUCCACCUUGGUUCUUGGAAGAUACACAGAAUGGACAGCAAAGCAUCCCGAACUAUUAGAGAUGCAAUUACAGUAUAUUUUUGAUGGAUUCUCGCAUGGUAAUGGUAAUUCAGAAAUUAUGACAGCAUCUGCUCAUGCGCUUAUGUUUUUCUGCACAGAUUGUUCAGAAUUGUUGAGCACACAUAUUGAACAGUUGAUUGACUUCUAUUUCAAGGUGGAAGCUGUCAUGGACAUUGAAUCUCAAUUUGAGUUGUGCCAGGGUCUGAGCGCCGUCAUUAACAAGCAGCCUAAUGAUAUAGUUGCAUCAGUUUUGCAGAAAUUGUUAGACGACAAUUUGUCAAGGAUCUCUGACUUGAUUCCCAAAUGGAAAAGCUCCCCUUCGUCAUUUAGCCUUCAAAUUGCUGAUAAAAUUGAUUUGAUAUAUGCUUUAUUUGAAGAGCUAAGGCCUCGUUUUGAAAUUCCACAACAAGGUUCAGAACCGUUGGUACCACAAAUUGAAUAUAUUUGGAACACCCUGAACAGCCUAUUGGUGAACUUCGGAGCAAUGACAGAACCGAUUAUUGUUGAAAGAAGCAGCAAACUUCUUAGAAGAUUUUUCGAUAAUUUCCAUUUGUUUUGUGAACCAAUUCUAGCACCCGUUGCUGAGUUACUGGCACAAGGUUAUGCAGCUACCGGAUUAGGGUCAUAUCUCUGGUGUUCAGGUUCGAUCAUAGUAGUCUUUGGUGAUGAUGAAUCAUUACCUGUUCCGUCUCAUCUUAAAGGAGCGGUAUGGCAGUUCGCAACCACACAAUGUAAAACUUUUAUUGAGGCUUUUAACAAAAUUGAUCUGACACAUUUGAAUGAUUAUUACGAACUAAUAAUGGAUUUUUUUACUAUGGUUACGGAUCUAGUCAUGUUUUAUCCAAGAGAAUUCAUAUUAUCUGGCCAGCAACUUGGCGAAGUCGUGGAUGUUGCAUUAAAAAGUUUGAUCAGGCUUGAAAAUUUCGAUGCAUACAUGUUAAUUUUACGUUCUUUGGACGAUAUAAUUUCAUGGGGCUUUAAAACUCCACCAAUUUCAACAGUCUCACUUGUCGAGGUUCCAGAUGAUUGGAGAGUACAAAUUAUGCGGGAAGUCAUUGUAGCUAGAGGUGCUCAAUUAAUUUCUUGUUUAUUUAUUGCACUUGUGACAAAUCUGCACAUGAAUGCACAUUCCGAGGCAGUAACUUGCAUUGUCAAGUGCUUGAAACUAGCAUUUGAGGCCAAUAAUAAUGAUCCAAAGAUCUGCAUUCAAUGGAUUUGCCAAUCUGUUGAUCAAUUGGAUCAAGUAACUACAAAGGAAAAGGAUAAUCUAAGUGGUAACAUUAUGAAUGGACUUAAUCGAGAAGAUUCCCGGAAAAUGAGAGAAGGUAUUAAAGCAUUUAUUGAAUGGUAUUUGAGAAAGAAUGUAAAUCCUCGAUGCUAUUAG